AUGUUCAGCAUUAACGAUGAGGCCCGAAAUCUCCAACAAAACUUGCGGCAGUGCCGGUUGUCAACUGAAGUGUUAGAUUAUUUUCCUGUGUACGGCAGGUGGUACUGUCAUGUAGAAUGUGAAAUGGCCCGUACACAGCGUCUGUGUCAAUGUCUUCGCGUAACCCAUCCGCAACUGCCAGGCGCACGGAUCUGUGACGCUGCGAAACUUAACUGCACUAAACGCGCUGCUGUUACAUUCGGCUCCAGUCACUGCACGUGCCCCCAGACUUGUGACGACCACGUCACCUAUUACAAAGUUCAGACCUACGACCUCAACAACAAAGAGUGUUUGGAUUUCUUUUAG